AUGACAAUGCCCGAGGCCGCUGCUGCCACACCAGCCGUCAAGGCCGGGCUUCGCUUCCGCACCAAGGCCCUGAUCACCUUGACCUUGAUCGGUACUGGUGUCGCUGGUGUAAUCAAGCACUCGUUCGACGACUCUGAAUUCCGCACGCUCCUCGAGGAUAAUGUGCCCUAUUUCGCUCAUUCCAUGGAUCAGCUGGAGGCGCUUAAAGAUAACAAGGAUCUCGAAAGGGUCAUCGAUGGUGCAUCACAGGCCUCAGAGAAGGCAAUUGAUCUCAGCAAGACUGCCUACCGCAAAGCCUCAGACCUGAUCAACGGAACGACAACACCCGCGCCAGAAAAGGUCAACAACACCGUCGCCAGUGGCGCCAAUAAGCUGGCCAAGAAGGUGCAGGAGCUGGAGCAACCCAAGCCUGCAGUGCCCGCUACGCGAUCUGAAUACAUCCCUUCAGAGGUUCCCCCUCCUAGCUUCCUCCCGGGCGCUGCCCCUGGCAAGCCCGCCCAGGCUGUCGCAGCUAUCAAGGAAGCAGAGGCCAAGGUUGCGAAGAAGGUUGAGGAAGUCAAGGACAAGGCCGUUGAGAAGGCUAUCGAGACCAAGGAUAAGGCCAUUGAGAAGGCCAUCGAGGCUAAGGAUAAGAUCAUGGGCACCAAGGACAAGGUUGCUGAGAAGGUUGCUGAGAAGAAGGCUGAGGCUGUCGCUGCCAUUCCUGAACCACCCAAGAAGCUAAUCAAGGUCGCACCCAUCGAAUCGGAGGAGCCCAUCAUGACUAACCUCAACUCAACUCUGCACCAGCUCGUCGCCAUCCUGAACGAGACCGGCAUUCCUGAGCAGGGUCACCAAGUCUUUGAGAAAGCCAACGAGGAGUUGAAGCACUUGAGCGAGCGCGUCGAGGCUUUGAAGGUCGAGGGUGAGGCCCAGGCUGCGACCGUCAUGGCCGAGCUUACGGAAAAGUACAAUAAGUUGGUUAAUGAGAAGGAGACUCAGCAUGAGGGCGAGCUCACGCAGCUGAAGAAAGAACUUGCAGAGGCGCAUGAGGAGGAGAAGAAGAAGGCCAUUGAACAAGAGCUCAAGGCCCAGCAGAAUAUUUUGCGCGAAGAGCAGAAGCAGGAGCUGUUGAAGUACGCAACGGACAUGCAACGUCGUUGGGUGCGCGAGGUCAAGGUGCGGGUUGAAAACGAGCGUGGCGGUCGUUUGGCCCGUCUGGACCAGAUUAACUUGCGCCUUAGAACCUUGGAGCGUCAGGAGAUCGACAAUGCCGAGUUUUUGGAGCAGUCAGCACGCACGCAUCAGCUCUGGUGCGGUAUCAAGGCAUUGGAGAAGGCUUAUGAGGCUGGUGAGCGUCGUCCCUUUGAUCGCGAGUUGGUCCGUCUGAAGAGAUUGGCUGAGACCGAGAAGGAUGCUGAGGUCCUCAAGAGUGUUUUGGCGGCUGUGCCCGAGUCAGUUGCUAUCCAGGGCGUGGACUCGGUCCCUGAAUUGGUCGACAGGUUCGAGUAUGUUGCAGACAAGGUUCGCCAGGCCAGCUUGGUUCCCGAGAACGGCGGCGUGUUGGCACACGGAAUGAGCGUGCUUCUCUCGAAGCUGAUGUUCAAGAAGCACGGACUGGUUCCUGGAAACGAUGUUGAGGCCGUUUUGGCCCGCACAGAGUACUACCUGCUCGAGAAUGACUUGGAGCAAGCUGUGCGUGAGUUGAACCAGCUCAAGGGCUGGGGCAAGCGUCUUGCGAAGGACUGGAUUGUUGCUGCCCGCAGGAGGGUCGAGGUUGGACAGGCCAUCGAUGUCAUCAACACUCACGCCAACCUUGUCAGCUUGACCCUUGCAUAA